UCUGCGUGAUGACGCAAGUAAACGCCACGGCGCUGCGAGGCACCGCCUCCGACGGGGGCUAGUUGUCCACGGGUCGGUUGUGACGGUGCUCACGCUGCGCUGUCGGAGGCCGCCGGUGGUACAGCCAUGGCUGUCGCCUCAUCGGCGGUCACGUUGCCGGCUGUCGUGGAGGAGCUCCUGAGCGAGAUGGCCGCGGCACUGCGGAACAGCGCGCGAAUUCCUGAUGAGCAUCUAUUAUCGCUGAAGUUUGUCUUUGGCUCAUCAGCCCUCCAGGCCUUGGACCUUGUUGACCGACAGUCCAUCACUUUAAUCUCAUCGCCCAGUGGAAGGCAUGUUUACCAGGUACUUGGAAGUUCUGGUAAAAUGUACACAUGCUUGGCUUCCUGCCACUACUGCUCCUGUCCUGCCUUUGCCUUCUCAGUGCUGCGGAAGAGUGACAGCCUGCUGGUGAGUGGGGAGGCCCUGCCCACAGUAUUCCAGGCAGGAGAGAAAUUGUUGGCUCCUACUUCAUUGUUUAGCAGUUGUACAAAAUGGGAACUUUACUACAUGUUGAAACAGAUAGUUGUUUAUUGUCCUUGACUUUAGUUAGUCAUCUCUUUUGGGUUUACCCUCCCAAAAUGCUGUCGUUUUUAGAAAUACAUGAACCCCAAUUUUUUAUUUCAAAGGUCAUAGACAAGCCCGGCCCAGUGUAGCUCACUUGGUUGGAGAGUCAUCCUCUAGACCAAGUGGUCAUGGUUUCAAUUCCUGGUCAGGGCACAUGACUGGGUUGUGGGUUCAGUCCCUGG